AUGGAAUGUCAUCCCGAAGUCAAGCAAGGCCUCGAAUGGACAAUUUGUCAAGGAACUCAAAGAUUUCAAUCUUCUCGUCCUCGUUGGUGGUACUUUGUCAUCUCGAAUUGCAAGCCGGCCAGUUGGCGGGGUUUAUCCGUUUUUGCAGAAUACAAAAUCGAGAUGAAGAAUGGAGACAGCACCUUCUUGAAGCAUUUCUCGGCCGAUGAAUACUAUGUUUUACCCGUCGAUACUGGUUUUCUUCUGCUCGAAUUGAUUCUUUACAUCUUAUCAAUCUUUCUUGCACGUGCUCUUAAAGCUCGCCAUUUCCUGCAUUCGACUUUCAAAUUGUGUCGAGUCGCCAUUCUCUUCGAGAUCAUCUCACUCUCGGUUCUUGUCUGGUCUUACUGUGGCUACGGUUGGCAUGGAAUCUGGAUAUUGCACUCGAAGAAUACAGGCUAUUAUGUUAGAGGUGUUCAACAAUCGCUUUUCCUCCUUUUUCUCCUACUCGUUGCCAAGGGAUACACAAUUACUGCG